UGUCAACAUUCCAUUCAAGAACAUUUGCAUAGAUCAAGCCGCGGUUGUGGUGUUUCAGUUGACUUGACACCCGGUUGUCGUCGUUGUUCUUACUUUGACUCCGCCAGGAUUUCUUCUUUGGACCGCUGUGAGCAAUGGGUCCUGGCGCUCGUGUGGUUGGACUUGGCCAAGGCCAGGCAUCAGGCAGACGAGGCGACACUGAAUGCCUCUCUCAAAGCGUUGGCGACGGCUACCCGCUGGGAGCAGCUUCUACAGCUUUUCUGGGAUGAGUCCCAGACGAAGCUGUGGCACAACUUGGACAGCUUUCAAACCGCACUCUUGGCUUGUUAUCGAGCUGGUGCAGCAGAGGCUUGGGGGCUGUGUCUUCAGCUCCUCGACACCAUGUGGGAGCAACAGCUUCAUCCCUCCGCCUCCGAGUAUGCCUGUGUGGCACGUGCAUGUGGUCGAGGCAGCCAGUGGCUGAAAGCCUUACACCUACGAGGUCUUGAGCUUUUGGAGCAGUCGCGUCCAUCGAUGUCUAAUGCCAUGACUUGGGCCUCCGAGGUGUCCUUGACUGGCAAAUGUGAUAUACCCUUAAUAAUACAUCUUGAAAUAUAAAAAUGUUAAAAUAAAAACACAAUAAUAAUAAAAGUGCUUAAACUAAUAAUAAUAUUAUAUAAUAUAUAAAUAGAAAUAUAUAAUUUAGACAUAUUUAGACGGAUAUAGUAAGACUAAUUACAUAACUAAUUGUCCG